AUGUUCUCGAAGGAAAUGAGAGAGAAGCUCAACAACUACUAUGACGAGAUCUCUUCGGUAAUCUUGUCAAGGCAGCACCCCGUCACUGGCCUCCUGCCCGCCUCGACCGCGUGCAACCAGCACGGCGACUACAACGACGCCUGGGUGCGAGAUAACGUGUACAGCAUCCUGUCCAUCUGGGGUCUGGCUCUGGCCUACCGCAAGAUAGACGACGAUGACGGUCGCACCUACGAGCUCGAGCAGAGCGUGGUGAAGCUGAUGCGCGGUCUGCUGUUCAGCAUGAUGCGACAAGCGCCCAAGGUGGAGGCCUUCAAGAAGUCGCACGCCCAGUGGGACUGCCUGCACGCCAAGUACAACACGGCCACCGGCGACACCGUCGUCGCCGACCACGCCUGGGGCCACCUGCAGCUCGAUGCCACCUCCAUCUUCCUGCUCAUGCUCGCCCAGAUGACCACCUCGGGUCUCCGCAUCAUCUUCACCAAGGACGAGGUCGCCUUCGUCCAGAACCUCGUCUUCUACAUCGAACGCGCCUAUCGCACUCCCGAUUACGGUAUCUGGGAGCGUGGUAACAAGAUCAACAACGGCUACGUGGAGCUGAACACGUCGUCGGUGGGUAUGGCCAAGGCCGCGCUGGAGUCGAUCAACGGCGUCGACCUGUUCGGCUGCUACGGCUCGCACGCGUCGGUCAUCCACGUGCUGGGCGACGAGAUCGGUCGCAACCGCAUCACCCUCGAGAACCUCCUGCCCCGCGAGUCGCUCUCCAAAGAGGUCGACGCCGCCCUGCUCAGCGUCAUCUCCUUCCCCGCCUUCGCCGUCGAAGACAAGGAAUUGGUGGAACGGACCAAGAACGAGGUGAUCACCAAGCUCCAGGGCGAGUACGGUUGCAAGCGAUUCCUGAGGGACGGCCACCAGACCGUCCUGGAAGACAAGACCAGGAUCUGGUAUGAGCCGUGGGAGCUGAAGCGCUUCGAAAACAUUGAGUCGGAGUGGCCCCUGUUCUACACCUAUCUCUACCUGGACGGGCUCUUCACCGGCAACAAGGAGCAGACGGCCGAGUAUCGCGAGCGGCUGGAGAAGGUAUCCGUCGUGGUCAACGGCGUCCGGCUGCUGCCCGAACUCUACUAUGUGCCGCUCGAGUACGUCGAGCGCGAGAAGAAGCAGCCGCACUCCAUGCCGCGCCACCCCAACGAGAACGUGCCCCUCAUCUGGGCGCAGAGCCUGUGGUACCUGGGCCGCAUGAUCGACGACGGCCUCCUGGCCGUGGGCGAGAUCGACCCGCUGGGCCGCCACAAGCAGCACUACAACAUGGAGCCCCGCGUCCAGGUGUGCCUGCUGGCCGAGGACGAGGAGCUGCAGGCCCAGCUCCUCAAGUACGGCAUCUCCACCCAGGUGCCCGAACAGAUCGAGCCCAUCCAGCUCCGCCCCGCCCGCGACCUCCAGAACGCCUACAACAAACAUUUGGGAGUGAAUGAGAAGCUGGGGCUGUCGGGCCGUCCGGAUCGCCCGAUGGGUUCGCUGUCGACGAGCCGAGUGCUGAACAUCAACAACAAGACGUGCGUGUUCAUCCCGCAGUUCAUGGACCAGCAGGACUUCUACAUCAGCCACGACUUCCAACUGCUGGCCGACACCAUCAAGUCGGAGAUCACCUUCGUCAGCAAGCACUGGCGCCAGCCCGGCCGGCCCACCAUGACCCUGCUGCUCGAUCGCCACAUGUUCAAGGACGGCAAGAAGGCCUUCCUGUCGCUCAUGCGCGACCUCAAGGAGGACAAGCGCAUCAAGCUCGGCCGCCUCCAGGAGCUGCUCGUCACCGCCACCACCGCGCGCAUCGACUUCCUCCAGCGGUUCGAGUUCUCGACCCAGCCCAUCGAGAAGAAGGUCACCACUAUCCGCCACUACCUCCUGCCCAUGGACGAGUAUGUCAAGCAAGAAGACGCUUGUGUCCUGGCCAAAAAGAAGCAGGAAAAGUUCCUCAAGCCCCAAUCCCCGCGCACCAACAGCUUCAACAUCGACGACGAGAUCGCCAUGUCUUCGUCGCCCCAGAUUCCGCCCUUCCUGCUCGCCGCCAUGGCCACCAAGGAGAAGCAGCAGGCGGAGAGCAACGAGAGCGGAGAGGAGAGCUCGAUCAAGCGGAUGGAGGAUGUGGAGGACCUGAAGUCCAGCGCGCAGAUCCUGCAGCGCCUGCACCACGCCAAGGACCUCGAGGAGCAGGUCCUGCUGCUCCAGCGCCUGGCCUCGCUCGAGAGCCUCGACUACGCCACCGACUUUGUCCACCCCGACGGCCGCAAGGCCACCGUCCGCGAGCUCAUCCACGAGGUCUACGACAAGGCCACCGAUCUGAACAAGUGGUCGGUCGUGCGACGUGCGGCGUCGCUCCUGGAGCGCAUCGUGUUCGGUCUCAUGGGCUGCGUCACGGAGAUCCUGGUCCAGGGCAAGGAGAUCACCAUCGGUAGGUCCGUCAGCGAGGAGACCGUCAUCCGCGAGCCCCUCGCCCCCGGCGUUCUGAUCGAGAAGAUGAAGAAGUUCUGCAAGAGGGACAUCCGGGACAUCGCGCUGACGCAGGAGCUUCUGAUCUACAUCGGUUCGUUCAUGCGCGCCCGUCCGUCGCUCUUUGACGGCUCGCUCCGGCUCCGAGUCGGCUUCAUCAUCGAUGCCAUGAUGCACGAGCUCGAGCAGGAGCGUCUCUCGCUCGGCCACGAGUACGACCAGCACCUCUACGAGCACCUCAUGGCCCUCUCGCCCAUCCAGAUGAAGAAGCUGCUCCAUCAGGUGCUCCUGUACGAGGACUACGUCAACGAGUCGAUCCACGAGGACGGCAAGUCGCUCUCCAACUCCCUCAACUUCUGCGCCGCUAGCUCACACAAGUCUGACGAUCGCGAUCGGCGACACUCAAACAACUCCAGGGACCUCAAGUCGGAGGUCAACUGGCUCCGGCGCAGGAAGCGGGCCGGGGCGCUCUACCGUGUGCCCCACGACUUCUACCAGCGCAUGUGGAGCCUGCUGGCCAAGGUCAAGGGCCUCUCGAUCCUGUCGGACACGAUCGACAGCACCAUCACGCUCGCCGAGAUGACGCCCGGCGAGAAGAACUUUGCGCUGCGCGUCGAGCGGCUGCUGAUGAACAUCACCGUGCCCGAGGAGCGACAGAUCAUCAUCGAGGCCCUCAUGGCCCUCAGCGCCAUCGUCAAGCAGAAGGCCGAGCAGGGCCAGGGUCUCGGCAUAGACGUCAUCGCUCUCGACAAGCUCAUUGAUACGGCGGUGGAGACGGCCUGGGAGGACCGUUGCCUGACGUCGCCGCUGGUGUCGCCCGGGCGGAACAAGAUCAACGCCAAGCCGCUCACCUUCAUCUCCACCGACGAGCUGUUCGAGUGCGAGAUGGACAUGCCGAUGGCCACCAAGGAGGAGAAGCGGUCGUUCUACUACGGCAUCCCGCCCGACCGCCACGCCAUCUACGUGCUCAAGGCCUUCUUCAAGCUCGCCUCCCACUAG